GGUUGACUGGAGCAGCAGAGAGCGCAGCUCUGCGCGCAGUAUGAGGCCGAAACUCACAGAGUGAGCUGAACUUUUACUCCGGAGUGGUCCAUCAUUUGUUUUAGGAAACAUUCACAGCUUGCUCUCCGACCUUUAUACUCGCCUAAAGGAGCUAAAUGACAAGAAGGCAGCGACCCAGAACCACUCAGUGACAACGCGGACCGAGAUGGAAAGCAAAGGAUUACUUCACUGUAAGAUUGUGGUUGUCGGCGAUUCCCAGUGUGGGAAAACGGCUCUGCUUCACGUUUUUGCCAAGGACUCGUACCCAGAGAAUUAUGUUCCCACGGUGUUUGAGAAUUACACGGCCAGCUUUGAGAUCGACAAACAGCGGAUCGAGCUCAACAUGUGGGACACCUCAGGUUCAGCCUACUACGACAACGUGCGGCCAUUAGCUUACCCGGACUCAGACGCCGUGCUCAUCUGCUUCGACAUCAGCCGUCCCGAGACAAUGGACAGCGUGGUGAAAAAGUGGCAAGGUGAGACGCAGGAGUUCUGUCCCAAUGCCAAAGUGGUGCUGGUCGGCUGCAAGUUGGACAUGAGGACGGACCUGAACGUCAUGAGAGAGCUUUCUAAGCACAGACUCAUUCCUGUCACCCAUGAGCAGGGCUCUACUUUGGCAAGACAGAUCGGCGCCGUGGCCUACGCAGAGUGCACGUCAAAGUACUCGGAGAACAGCGUCCGCGACGUAUUCCACGUCACCACCCUCUCCUCCGUGUCCAACAUCCGCCGGCCUCAGCUCAAACGUGCCGGCUCUCGGCGGGGCCUCAAGCGGAUCUCCCAGCAGCCUCCUCGGACUGAGAUUCUGGAGCCCCCGCCCGUUAUCAGAAAGGCCCGGGCCAAAAGCUGCGUGCUCAUGUAGGGCCGGAGCCCGCCACUGACUCGGCUGCUGUGUGCGGAUGUGCACAUGAACUGCACUGCACGUGGACUUUAUUUAUUGGUGAAUUCUUGUCCGAUCAUUGCACUGCUUGAAAAAGGACAUUGUGGUGAAAGCAAGAAUGAUUGCUGUCCAGUGGAGCUCUUUGAGGGAUUGUUUGUUCAUUUUUCGCAGAGCGCUACUUGUUUAUUUUCUCCGUGGCUGUGUUCUCAUCAGGGGAGUCUAUUGUUGUGACUAAAGCUAUUUUUCUUUAAAGCUUUCACACGAUCAAGAGGACAACCACAGGCUGGCAUGCAAAUGAACCAAAGGACAGAAAUUAUUGUGUGGAGAUUAAAGGAAAAAAUAAAAAUAAUAAUUUGAAAGAGUAUGUUUCAGGACGCAGCAGCAACAGUGCUGGUUUGACCUCUUUUGUGUUGUUUCCUGUUUGAAAUGCUAUUUUGUCUUCAAGUGUUUAAGUCAAUGAAGCACAACGAUGCACAAAAAGAGUUCUGACAAAUUUGCAAAUGUCAGGGAGUGGACUCUCCGCUAAUAAUGAUGAAUUAAAAAGAAAAAAUCUGGAUAGAGAAAAAAACUAAAACUCGUGGGCUGAGAUGGCAGUAACUUUCUUAAACCACAAGUGCUUUAAUGUGGAAAAUGAAAUAAUGACUCACUGUAUAAUACUGAAGUGUUGUGUAAUUAAUGUUGUUCUAAUAUUCCACUCAGAAAUAAAGUCUCAGAGAGUGUAAAGAGGAUGAAUAUUAUAUUGUACAUGUAAUAAUAAAAUAAUAAUUAAAAAAAAUGGUCUACAUAAAAGUUGGAACAU